AUGGCAUCUGACCUCUUGGUGUUGGCUGAGAAGUAUGAAGUAAAGCACCUAAAGGCCUACUGCGAAAAGUUCAUAACAUCCAAAGUGAACAACGAUAAUCCUAUUGUCCACUAUGCCUUUGCACACCGUCACAGUGCGAAGCAGCUACUGGAGGCAUCCCUUUCUGUGCUCAUGGACAAUAUGUCUACACAAGCGGAUCGCGAAGAGUACAAGGAUCUUGUUGAGAAGGACCCAAGGCUUGCUGUGGAGAUCUAUGAAGCCUAUCUCAACCGGCAAGUCAACACUGCAGCUGGGAAGGACACAGAUUGUAGUAGCAGGAAAUAA